UAGCUGCAUUUACUUCCUGUGCACAUGUGUUGCUGUUGAAAUGAAAUCACUUUUGUUGUAAUGUAACGACAUAUGGGCCGCUAAUCAUAAUUAUUUUGUAGAAUUUGACAAAAAUGGAACCCACAAAUGACUCUGCAAAGGCUGAAGACGUCGGUGAAGGCACCGGAUCUACCGGACGGGAAGAAAACCCCAAGGAAACUGGAGCUGCAUCCCUUCCGCGACUGGUGAAAGAUUACGUCUAUGAACCAGGGGUAGCGCGAAUCAAAGCGGAGUACUUGAAUCUGAACUAUAAACCCAAAAUCGUCACUGAAUACUUGCCACAGGAUGUCAAGGAAGAAUUAUUAUUGGUUGAACAGAGCAGGGAAAAAGCCAAGAAAAAUGACGAAGCAUCAUCACAUGAUCCUGAUGACUCUUCCCAGCCUCCACAAAAGAAGAUCAAGAAGUUGAAAGGCCAACACAAGAAAAGACCAAUUGCCAAGCAUUCAGACCCUUCCACCAGGCUUUGUCCAGCCUUCGUCACUGAGACACAGUGCUCUUUUGGAGAGAGGUGUAAAUUUAAUCACAAUGUUGAGGAGUACUUUAAAGCUAAACCAGCUGACCUAGGCUCUCACUGUUAUAAUUUUGAGACAUUCGGUAAAUGCCCGUAUGGCAUCACAUGCAGAUAUGCAGGGCAACAUAUAUCAGAAGACUUUAAAAAUGUAAUGAAUGAGGAACUGCACGCACGCACAUGUAAAGAGACACAAACGCUGAAUACUCUGUCAAAAGAUGUCCAAACCAAGUUGAGGAGAAGGCAAUAUGAUUUUACGCUAGCAGAGAGUACUUACAAAAACGUUGGGAAAAAGACAGAGAAGUCAGAGACACAAAGUAACAAUGAUGUUUUGAAGGCCUCAGUCCCAGAACAGGGUUCUGAUUCUUUAUCUGAAAAUGGUUGCAAAAUAUCAUCAAAUAGCAAAGAAAAGGAGGAAAUCUCUCCCAGCACAAUUGAAUCUAGUCCAUCAAAAACAUCUGCAGAUGGUGCGAUGAAUGAUACAACAGCACUGAAGCAAACAGCGCCCAACAACAGUGACUGUAGUAACAGCAAUGUUACUGCUGAAAGUGACAAAGGUGCAGAGACAAAGCCUUUGGCAACAGAGAGUCAUGACAGGCCUGUAAAGCUACGCCCCCAGGAGAGAAAGAAGAUUGAUUUCAAGGAUAAGCUGUACCUAGCCCCCCUGACUACGGUUGGUAACCUCCCUUUCCGAAGAAUCUGCAAGGUCUACGGCGCAGACAUCACAUGUGGCGAGAUGGCGAUGUCGACCAAUCUGCUUCAGGGCCAUCAGUCUGAGUGGGCACUUCUCAAGAGACACGCCAGUGAGGACCUGUUUGGAGUUCAGGUGUGUGGAGGCUACCCUGAUACCAUGGCUAGAUGUACCCAGCUUCUGAAUGACACCAUAGACGUGGACUUCAUAGAUAUUAAUGUGGGAUGCCCCAUUGAUAUGGUCUUUAAAAAGGGUGAGGGCAGUGCUCUUAUGGGGCGACUGAACAGAUUUGAGCAAAUUGUUAGAAACAUGACUGCCAUCUCUGAUAUCCCUGUCACCGUGAAGAUGAGGACUGGAAUCUAUGAGAACAAGCAGAUAGCUCACACUGUGAUCCCCAGGGUGAAGGAAUGGGGGGUGUCACUGAUGACAUUACAUGGACGGACUCGUGAGCAAAGAUACACAAAGAUGGCAGACUGGGACUACAUCAACACUUGCUCUAAAUUAGCAGAUCCAGUGCCUUUCUUUGGUAAUGGAGAUGUGCUGUCAUUUGAAGACUACAACCAGCACAGAGAGCAGACUGGGGUGUCUGGGAUCAUGGUAGCAAGAGGAGCCCUCAUUAAGCCAUGGUUGUUCACAGAAAUCAAGGAACAAAGACACUGGGACAUUUCUGCCAGUGAGAGGCUGGACAUGCUACGGUCAUUCACCAACUAUGGCCUGGAGCACUGGGGCUCUGAUGACCAGGGAGUGGACACCACCAGGAAGUUUUUACUGGAGUGGUUGUCUUUUCUGUACAGGUAUAUACCAGUAGGAGUGUUGGACAGAGUCCCUCAGAAGAUUAAUGAGAGGCCGCAGCCAUUCUUUGGCCGCAAUGACCUGGAGACUCUGAUGGCCAGUGGAAACAGUGGAGACUGGGUCAAGAUAAGUGAGAUGCUUUUGGGACCGGUCAAGCCAGGGUUCACUUUUCUUCCUAAGCACAAGGCAAACGCAUACAAAUAGAGCAGAGUAAAGAGACAAACAUCAAGUCCUUACAUAGUGCUAACUCUUUUGAGGCAAGAUUCUAGUUAUUUAUAGAAAAACAGGAUUUACUAGAUACAAAAGUUUUGAUGCAGUGACAUUGAUUUUAGAGGCGAGUAUUUUAAUAUUAUGUGGUUUUAGCUAGAUUAUGAGGAAGAUGUCUCCACAUAAGAAAGAAAAUGUAUAAAUAUUAUUAAUAUAUAGUGAUAUGGAAGAGAAUAAAUUUGUCAAAUUUUUAAAAAGGAAAUAUGAUUUGUCAUCA